CAGAUAUUUACAUACACCCGGCCAAACUGGGUCAAAGUUCUGCAUCAUGAAGUCUCCUCCUCUGUGGGAGGAUCUGAUCCGAUAAAAACCAAACUCAGCUUCAUCGACUUCACCUUCUUCAGCCGACUCCCUCCAGGCUGAUUCCCUCCAGGCUGAUUCCCUCCAGGCUGAUUCCCUCCAGGCUGAUUCUCUCCAGGCUGACUCCCUCCAGGCUGAUUCCCUCCAGGCUGAUUCCCUCCAGGCUGACUCCCUCCAGGCUGAGGUUCUGUUUGCUGCCUGUUUCUCUGCUGCAGCAUCAUGGCGCCGCUGAGCCUCCUGGUCGUCUUCGGCCUCCUCAUCCUCUCCACCGAGGGGAGAGGCGUUCAGGAGGAGCUGAGCCCUGAUUUCACAGCUGGAAGUUUCCUCAGAGGAAAAGAUGAACAUCUGGAGAGAAGCAGACUGAUUCCAGAUCAGCUGCUCCACAAUGAAAAGGUUCUGGACGCCUCCUUGGUUGGUUCUGACCAGCAGACGAUGGCGGACCGGCUGCAAAGCGCUGCAGAGGUCUCUCCCUGCUCCACACAGGAAGUUCUGGUUCCGACCCGCAGCACCGACCCAUCAGACGGAAACACCAGGCAGGAAAACGGGUCGGAACCGCAGCAGCGUCUCCCGGUCAGCAGAAAGCUCUACAACCAGACAGUCUGUGGGUCAGAACCCGACCAGCAGAACCCUCAGAUGGAUCAAGUACUGUAUGAAGCGGACCCGGUUCUCAGAGCCUCCAGAACCCCCAGAACCUCCAGAACCUCCAGAACCUCCAGAACCCCCAGAACCGCCCCCAGCCCAGAUGACCCCCUGGUCCAGUUUGACCAGCAGCAGAUCGUCAUGCUAGCAGACGAUGAGGUGGUGAGAACAGCUGCAGCUUCUCUCUUCCACAAACAUCCAGCGGUCAGUUCGCUUCACGCCGUCCGUCCCCGGCACCGAGUCCGGCAGGUCAAAGGUCAGGCGGCGCCUCUGUCGGAACGCAGCAGCCUGGUUCUGGUGGGUCACGGAGCCAGAGAGCCUUCAGGAGAGAUGAGGAUAUCGGGGUACAGCUACCAGGACGUGGCCAGGAUCAUCCAGAGCAGCUCCAGGAUCGGCCAGAAGAUCCAAACCACCGCGGUGGUGGCCUGUGGCGCGGGAUCGGACCGCCGCUUCCCACAAGCUCUGCUGCAGACGCUGCACCGAGCCGGCCUGGAGACGGAGCUGCACCUGUGGGAGACCGCCGUCCAGGUGGCGGAGACGGGAGACGUCCUGAGUCAGGACGGAGCGCGGUGGAGAUCUGGAGAUCACAGCAAGAAGCUGGUUCUGACUGUCGGCCGGACCGGAGAGAUCCGGAGGAGGGACGACCGCCGAAACUGCACCGGGCAGGAAGUUCCCACCAAUCAGACGGCGCUGCUGGGNACCGGACUCUGGCUCACACCGGACCGGACUCUGGCUCACACCGGACCGGACCGGACUCUGGCUCACACCGGACCGGACUCUGGCUCACACCGGACCGGACUCUGGCUCACACCGGACCGGACUCUGACUCACACCGGACCGGACUCUGGCUCACAGACUGAAGCAGUCUUCACUGUGUUCCAAAUUAUUAUCCCAGGUUGCUCAGCAGCCAUCAGUCUGAACGUUACUCCUCAUGUCCUGCUGGGCCCACUGGGGCCGGUUCUGCCUGUGGGCCCGGUUAGUGGGGGCCGAAUGUGGUUCCUGCUCAUGGAGCCUCUGGAGGAUCCGACACCUUCAGGUUCCACCAGCAGCUUCUAG